CUGAAUUCGAGGCUACAAUCAAUAUCAUAGACUCAUUACACCAUUAUCACUGGAAAUCUGAAACUAAACCCUCACAAAACCCUAAACAGUGUUUCCAAUUUUCCAAUAAUCAAAGAAAUGGCGUUACGAUCUGGAUCUCUAUCUCGCUCCUUCAUCUCUACAGCCAGGAAUUCCCUCCGCCCGGUCGCGCCUUCCCCCCUUCCCCGCAUCCGUCCACCGCCACUCGCCGCUCCUCGCAUCCAGUCCCGCCUCUUUUCCAUGCCUGCUACCAGUUCCAGAAAUUUGGGGCAAUUGGGUUGCGUACAGUCACUCUUGCCACUGCAUAGCACGAUGGCCGUAGCUUGUCUCACUUCUCACAUUGUCGUCAGUGCACGAGCUUGCAGCGAGCUGUCGAAUGGUACCUUCCGUCGUUCUUGUCAAGAUCGCUAAUAGUCUCUUUGUGAUCCUGAUUCCUGAGUUACUUGAGCAAGCUGUUGGAUUUUCAUGGCUUCCUUUUAGAAAUAUAGAGGGCCAAUAAUUAUAGGGAGUAAUAUUUGGGACGAAACGGUUGUAAGAAUUUUGAACAAGACUCUCCACCUAAUUUGUAUUUUUUUUUUAACUCCGGAAGAAUGAACCUGUUUUGUUAUAUUCAAACUGCGACAGCAUUCAAGAUUAGUUAUCAAUUCUUGUUGUAUCUGACUA